AUGCUCAGUGCUGACCUGUGCAAGCGGGCUGUCAAUAUGGUCCCCUUCCCCCGCCUGCACUUCUUCAUGCCCGGCUUCGCCCCACUGACCAGCCGAGGUAGCCAGCAGUCCCGGACCCUGACGGUGCCCGAGCUCACCCAGCAGAUGUUUGAUGCUAAGAACAUGAUGGCUGCCUGUGACCCCCGCCAUGGCCGCUACCUGACUGUGGCCGCAGUAUUCAGGGGCCGCAUGUCCAUGAAGGAGGUGGACGAGCAGAUGCUGAACGUCCAAAACAAGAACAGCAGCUACUUCGUCGAGUGGAUCCCCAACAACGUGAAAACAGCUGUCUGUGACAUCCCACCCCGGGGGCUAAAGAUGUCCACCUUCAUCGGCAACAGCACAGCCAUCCAGGAGCUGUUCAAGCGCAUCUCAGAGCAGGUCACGGCCAUGUUCCGGCGCAAGGCCUUCCUACACUGGUACACGGGUGAGGGCGUGGACGAGAUGGAGUUCACAGAGGCUGAGAGCAACAUGAAUGACCUGGUGUCUGAGUACCAGCAGUACCAGGAUGCCACGGCCGAGGAGGAGGGGGAGUUCGAGGAGGAGGUGGCCUAGAGCUGAUACCUGGUAAAGCGGGUGGAAGCUGUGUGAACUCUUUAUUCGCUCACAACCUGUUCUCUGAUAGCCGUGUCUCUGUGUGCACUCGCUCUUUUUCCUGUCUGGACGUCACAUGCUGUACAGAUGCCACCAUUAAAGCAUUUUCAUAGUGAAAAAAAAAAAAAA